UAUUCUCUGUUUCUGGUCCGCCCCUUCCCCAUCUCAUCUCAUCGCAUCUCAUCUUCGCUAUUCGCUUUCUCCGUGUCCGCCUCAGCUUUCACUCCAAAGCCUCCCAAACCCUAACCAACCAACUAACCCCCUUUCAAUCUCAAUCUUUCUCUCUCUCUCUCUCUCUCUCACUCUCACUCUCACUCAACCGUUUCUUCUCAAUCGGAUUAUCCACUUUGGAAGAAAUUCUUCCGCGAUGGCGGCUUCCACCACCAGCCAGGUCUAUAUUCAGGUAAUCGACGAUGUCAUCAACAAGGUUCGCGAGGAGUUCGUCAACAACGCUGGUCCUGGCGAGGAUGUUCUCAAGGAGCUUCAAGCUAUAUGGGAAUCGAAGAUGAUUCAAGCUGGUGCCAUUCUUGGUCCCAUUGAAAGGUCCAGCACAGCUAAGCCAACACCCGGUGGUCCAAUUACUCCCGUUCAUGAUCUUAACGUGCCUUAUGAGGGGACUGAGGAGUAUGAAACUCCCACAGCAGAAAUGCUUUUUCCUCCUACGCCAUUGCAAACUCCUCUUCAAACUCCUUUGCCAGGAACUGCGGAUAACUCCAUGUAUAAUAUUCCUACUGGUCCUAGUGACUAUUCUUCUUCUGGAAAUGAUUCUGGAGGAAAUAAUGAGAUCAAAGGUGGAAGACCUGGUCCAUACAUGCAACCUUCUUCUCCCUGGACAAACCCAAGGGCUCCGCUUGAUGUUAAUGUUGCUUAUGUGGAAGGGCGGGAUGAGGCGGACAGAGGAACUUCUAAUCAACCUUUGACACAGGACUUCUUCACAAUGUCCUCUGGGAAAAGAAAACGUGAUGAAUUUGCUUCACAAUAUAAUGCUGGUGGAUAUAUACCUCAGCAAGAUGGAGCUGGAGAUACUGCUUCUCAAAUUUUUGAGAUUGAAGUGUAUGGAGCUGGCAUCUCCAUUAAUGCAGAUUACUCUACUUCUAAAGGAAAAAUGGCAGCACAUUUGGAAAAGCCAGCUUCUCGGAUUCCUCAACUUGAUGGACCAAUCCCUUAUGAUGAUGAUGUGCUUUCUACUCCAAAUAUAUACAAUUAUGGAGUGUUCAACGAAGACUACAACAUUGCAAAUACACCAGCUCCUUCUGAAGUACCAGCAAGUACCCCUGCUCCCGUUGCUCAAAACGAGGUUGAUGAAGAAGAUGAUGAUGAUGAGCCUCCCCUAAAUGAAAAUGAUGAUGAUGAUUUGGAUGAUUUGGAUGAUCAGGGAGAGGAUCAAAAUACCCAACAUCUUGUUUUGGCCCAGUUUGACAAGGUGACGCGUACCAAAAGUAGAUGGAAGUGCACACUGAAGGAUGGUAUUAUGCACAUAAAUAAUAAGGACAUUCUCUUCAAUAAGGCAACUGGAGAAUUUGACUUCUGAUUUUGUCAUGGAUUGGUCUGCCAUAUAGUAGCAGUGCUUUGGUGAAGUAUAUGUCACAGGUGCCAUUGAGUAUUUCGUAAUCUUUCUUUGAUUAUAAUUAUUAAUUAAAGCUGGAGGAAGAGAAGUUCUUAAUACUUUCGCCACUGUUAUAUUAAUGUUGGCCUGUUGUACAUAAAGGAUGAGCAAAUUUUGGCCUUUUGAUGGAUAGGUACUCUUGAGGCAUUUCCUACAGUUUGUCAUUUGUCAAGUGGGAUAUGUAGUCUAUUAGCUCUGUAUGCUUGGACGUUUUGUUUUCCAUCUGAGAUCGUAUGAUACUUAAACUGCCGUAGUUCUCGUGGUUAAUUUUUUAGCCCUCGUAUAGAAUGGCAUUUAGUGUGCUUUUCUUGGUUCCAACAUGAUUUCUGAAACCUUAACCAAAAAGAAAGAGAAUAUGAAAAUUGAGAAUUAU